GUCAUUCCUUGACGGUGACUAUUCAGAAGCGUCAUUCAGACGUUCGGUGCCCGAACUUCUAGCUUACAGCCAUCUCAGUCCAGAUUGUUCCGGCCAUUUUCGACUUCUAUCUAGGAGGGAGCUUGCAAGGGGCCGCAGCCUGCCCGCAUAGCAUAAUCUUCUUGUGUGACCUCCUGACCAGAAUCGAAGUUGCGACAAAUCGUUGCAUGAUGAGUGGCUGCUGAAUCAUACCUCACGUGAUAUGCAUAAUAGAGCAAGUCUCUCAAGUUCUAUGAUGACACUGAGCCUUCCGAGGCAGUCAUAGUAUUUAUAUAGCCCGCUGAGUUCCCAGGUCCUUGUUCGCCUUACUCUCCGCCUUAUCGCACCACUCUACUUUGACCCAACCAGCUUUGAAUCCAGAGUUCAGCCAUGCCAUCUGUAACAGCUUUGAAGAGCAAGGACGGCGCUGUCUACACCACUUCGACUGGUGCGCCAGUUGCUGAACCAUAUGCCGUCCAGAAGAUUGGUCAGAUUGGCCCGCUCCUCUUGCAAGACUUCCACCACAUCGAUCUAUUGGCUCACUUCGACAGAGAGCGAAUCCCCGAGCGUGUUGUCCAUGCUAAGGGUGCCGGUGCUCAUGGUUACUUCGAAGUCACUGAUGACAUCACCGAUCUCACUUGUGCUGCGCUCUUCAACAAGGUCGGCAACAAGGCUCCUACCACUGUCCGUUUCUCGACUGUCGGAGGCGAGUCUGGUUCUGCUGACUCUGCUCGCGAUCCUCGAGGUUUCGCUAUCAAAAUCAAAACUGAGGAGGGUAACUUGGACUGGGUGUUCAACAACACCCCUGUGUUCUUCCUUCGUGACCCAUCAAAGUUCCCUCACUUCAUCCACACCCAGAAGCGUGACCCCCAAACUCAUCUCAAGGAUGCAGACAUGUUCUGGGACUAUCUGUCACUCAACCCGGAGUCUAUUCACCAAGUCAUGAUCCUCUUCUCCGACCGUGGAACCCCCAAUGGUUACCAUCAUAUGCAUGGCUACUCCGGACACGCACUCAAGUUCGUCAACGCUGCGGGCAAGUUCACCUACGUCCAAAUUCACUUCAGGAAAGACGGCGGCUUCAAGACCCUUGAUAACAAUCAGGCUACAAAGCUUGCUGGCGAGAAUCCCGACUACGGCUUGCAGAACCUGUUCGAGGACAUCGAGAAUGGCAAGCCUCCAAGCUGGACUGUCUACGUCCAAACCAUGACGCCAGAACAAGCCGAACAGUACCGCUACAAUAUCUUGGACUUGACCAAGAUUUGGCCACACUCUCAGUUCCCACUCAGGAGGAUCGGCAAGAUGGUCCUCGAUAGGAACCCCGAGAACUACUUCGCCGAGAUUGAGCAGGCGGCAUUCUCGCCUUCGCACUUGGUUCCGGGUAUCGAGCCUUCCACCGACCCUGUCCUCCAGUCUCGUCUCUUCUCGUACCCUGAUACCCAUCGUCAUCGUCUCGGUCCGAACUACAAUCAGCUCCCCGUCAACGCACCCAUCGUCCCUGUUGCGAACUUCCAGCGUGAUGGAUUCAUGGCUAUCAAUAACCAGAAAUUCAGGCCUAACUACCAGAGCAGCUUGCUGCCCUUGACAUAUAAGCCUAAGGUUUAUGAGAACGCGCAACAUGAGCUCUGGCUGGGUUACGCCAAUGCCGACUUGAGCUACCUAACUGAACUUGACUUCGAGCAGCCUCGUGCUCUUUGGGAGAAGGUCUUCGACAACACUCAGAAGGAUCACUUCGUGAGCAACGUCGCCGGUCACAUCAGUGGCGUGAAGAGCCCUGAGGUCAAGGCUCGACAACUCUCCGUUUUUGCCGCUGUAAGCCAGGACCUCUCAGACCGCAUUGCCAAAGCCAUCGGACACCCUGCUGUGAAACCCCUCGUCGUCAAGCCCGCUUCUGAAUCGGUUCGCUUCAAGCCCAAGGCACUCUGAAUGAUGUGUGUUCGACGGGGAUGAGGUAGUUGAGCAGAUAUAAUGACGUUGUACUUUUAGAUAAAUUCAUCAUUGCUGUAUCAUCAUUGUCACUUCGUGUAUGAGUAGUUUUUCAAAGCUCACCAUCGCUAUCACCAUUAGCUUCUAUGUGAGCCUGCCUGUUCUCUCUGAGGGCCGCCGCGAGCGCAAUGGAUAGAGACAAACUUGCCCGCUUUUUCCUUUCUCGCCUAACUUCUGAGGAACAUGCAAUGUCGACAUAAACUUACAGAAAGCACGAAGAUAUUA